CGUUUUGUGGCGGUUUUAACAGGUAGUACAUUAUAACAAUCUGCGUGAAAUCGACUUGUCAGCUAGAUAUUGAUUAUUCAAGGGGACUAUUUUGGGAGGGGGCGGGGCCACCUGCGUUAAGGUGAGAAGAAAAAUAUCCUCUAAACUACAUUGUGCUCAGGUUUACUUUCACACUCUAGAAGUGUGUAAUAUUAUUUAUCCCGGCUGUUUUUACGAGGAAUAGAAAAUGAAGAAAUCAUCUUCAGGUCCACCAGCCAGGUCCAGCAGUGGCAGGUUUAGGAGGCUAGAGAGAGGAGAUUCUACUGGUGCUGUGGGGACUGCACUAAAACGGUCAUUUGAAGUAGAGGAGGUUGAUUCACCCACAAAUCCUUCACAGCUUUCACGCCGAAAUGUCAACCCCCUUCGCUCCUCUGCCACAAGCCGUUUUCAUGAACUGGGAUCCCGGAACUCUGAAAACUCAUCCAGACAAGGUUCAGAAUCCUCAUCCAGUGGCCAGCGUUCUCCCAAGAGCAGUGGGCGGCGCAUGGAUCUUUCACGCCGCACUGAAAUCUCCAUCGACAUCUCCUCCAAACAGGUGGACAGCUUGCCCAGCCCAGGAAUUAACCGCUUUGGCUUGAGGCGACCAGAGAUCUCACUUCAUAACAGAGUUCCAGAGCCGAGCUCACCCAGGAGGGCAGAGAUAACCCUUUCACGAGCACAGGAACCAUUAGCUGCCUAUCGAAGAGCUGAUGUGCCUUCCUCGGCUGCUAGAAAUCCUGAAUCUGUUCAGAGGAAGGCUGAGUCUCCUAGCACAGCAGAGAGUAUGUCCUUGCUAGGCAGACGGACUGAGCCACUGCUUAACAGACAGCUAGAGACUCCAUCUCCAUCCAGAGAGUCUGAGAACAGCUUCUCUUCAGAGGCCAGCAUGACCCCAAGCUUUACUGAAUAUAAAACCACAACAGCAGCACAGGAGAAUUCCAGCAGAGCUACGGACAGGCAGGAGGUCAUUUCCAGCCAUAGUUAUAAUAGCAGCAAUAGCAGUAUGGCAGAGCCUGUAAUUCCUGAAAUGCCCCCGGCCGUGUGCCCAGAGAAGCCAAGUGUGGACUUCAGCUAUGUGGGUAUUGAUGCCAUCUUGGAACAGAUGAGGAGGAAGGCCAUGAAACAGGGCUUCGAACUUAACAUCAUGGUAGUAGGUCAAAGUGGUCUGGGCAAGUCCACACUCAUGAACACCCUAUUCAAGUCCAAAGUUAGCCGAAAGUCAGUCAUGGGAACAGCUGAGGAGCGCAUACCUAAAACUAUUGAGAUCAAGUCCAUCAGCCAUGACAUUGAAGAGAAAGGUGUAAGGAUGAAGCUGACCGUCAUAGACACUCCAGGUUUUGGUGAUCAGAUCAACAAUGAGAACUGUUGGCAGCCCAUAAUGAAGUUCAUUAACGAGCAGUAUGAGCAGUACCUACAGGAGGAGAUCAACAUUAACCGUAAGAAGAGGAUUCCUGACUCACGAGUUCAUUGUUGCAUAUACUUUAUCCCACCCACAGGACAUUGUCUAAGGCCUUUGGAUGUGGAGUUUAUGAGACGACUGAGUAAAGUUGUAAACAUUGUCCCAGUUAUCGCCAAGGCUGACACCUUAACCCUAGAGGAGAGGGACUUCUUCAAGAAGAAGAUCAGGGAAGAACUGAGGGCCAACAACAUUGACGUCUAUCCUCAGAAGGAGUUUGACGAGGAUACAGAGGACAGACUGAUCAAUGAGAAAAUAAGAGAGAUGAUUCCUUUUGCAGUGGUGGGGAGUGACCAAGAGUACCAGGUGAAUGGGAGGAGGCUCUUAGGAAGGAAAACCAAAUGGGGAACCAUAGAAGUUGAGAAUAUUGCUCAUUGUGAGUUUGCCUACCUGCGGGACCUCCUUAUCAGAACCCAUAUGCAGAACAUUAAGGAUAUCACCAGCAGCAUCCACUACGAAAUGUACCGUGUGCGUCGCCUUAAUGAGAACAACAUGCAGGCCAAUGGGCUCUCUGAGCAUCACCCAGCCUCACAUGAGAUCUAGUGCCUUCAUCCACUCCCUUCUCUUAUAUCCCUCUUUCCUGUUCUCUGCACUCCACCUGCCACCCCACUCCACUCUCGCUUUUUCGGCCAGAGACAGAAUCAGCAUGAAAUGGAGUCAACUAAUUCUCCUGAGACGGGCAUGUUAUAAAUUUAUUCCCCAUGCAAUCCAGCACACUACCGUCCCAUGCCUCCUGCCUGCCUUCUCUAACCUACAGACUGAGGAAUGAAGAGGUCUUGCACACCCUCACACACACACACACCCAUACACACACGUACAGCUCAAUGCUCCCUCACCCACCUCAUCCACAUGUCCACUCAUGUUGUGUGUGUCCACUCAACUCACCCAGCUUCAUGUUUCAGGUCUCUGACUAACCUGCAGAUAAAGAGACCAAAAUGUGGUGCUUGUAAAAUGUAUACACCUUUUGCUUUGAUAUUACAAUCAGCACCUCAUAUAAACAUUUUUGAUUGUCAUAUUGAUUUUUUAUUUUAUUUUUUUUUUUUUUGCUGUGCUUCUUCAUCAAUAAUUUGAAAGUCCAGGCUCUGUGGCUUUCUAAAGCCAACGCUGAAAGCAACAGACCUGAACCUUCAGUCAUUCAGGAGCCCAACUACUAAUUUGCACCUGCUUAGUGGUUAAGUGCUUAAGUAAAAAAAAAUCUUGUCCAUAUGCAGAUAGAUCUGGACACAUGUUCAUUUGCAUGAGUGAGUGGAUUUUUGAGUGCCUAUGUCUGAAUCCUUUAUUAAACGGUAAUGUUUAAUAUUAGAAUAUACUGAAUAAAACCAUGUCUUUAACAGGGAGAUACAGAUUAAAAAUAAAAUGUAGUUUGUGCAUUGUGUUCAAACUGCUGAGGUAAUGUUUUUCUGGAAAUGUUGUCGCUCUGGAAACUACUAUUUCUAAUUUUAUUCUACAUCCAAUCCAAACUAAACAAUGAAGGGAUUAACCGUCUUCAUGAUAAGCUGGUCAUGAUACAUUCCUUUUGAACUCUGUGAACGCUGUUUUCAUUACUGUGAGGAAACAUUGGCUUUUAUUCAUUAUCACAUUAUUGUUUAAUAGAGUGGUCAUAAAACCCAAUUGAAAAAUCCACUGAACAUCUUCAGGCCCUGUUGUUUGGACUGGAUGUAUGUUGCAUGGUGGUUUAUAGCUGAUGACGUGAACGUGUGUUACAAUCUGGGAGUCCAUUUAUUCAUUUUACCAGGAUGAUGUAUGUCAGUGUUGCAGUUAAUAUUACAGAUCUUCCUAUUGUGUUGUAUAAUUAUACAGAUUUUUUUUUUUAAAUUUCCAUAUAAAAUCACUGUAUUGUCAGUGACUUUAUGUUCCGGUGUGCCUUAUUAUAUCUCUUAUUCCUAUUUACCAUUUAAAGAAGAAAUGACUGAAGCAUCGUUACGAACCAAAUAAAAGAUAUUUCCCACAUUGUAUGGCCUUACAAACAUCUCCAAACCUUUUAACUGCAUUUAAUUGGAGAAAUGUCAUUGUAUUUUGUCCUGUGCUGUAUAUUCACAAUUCAUUUGUUUUUACUGGUAUUAAGAGUAACCCAAAUAUCUUUGAUAUCUGCUAUUUUAAUGAAAUAAAGAUGGAAAAUGAGAAAAAAUUUUGUUCAA